AAAUGCGUUCCAUAGAAAAGCAACUAUCUUCUUCCAAUAAGGAGGAGAUAGGAAAUAAGAGUUUCAUCUCAUUCUCUCUUUUCUACUAUUCUAUUUCUUUUAUCAAAAUAAAAAAUAAUAAUAAAAUGGGUCGUGGAGCGGUGUUAGCUUUUAUGCUAUGCCUUUUAGGCGUCACCGUUUACGGUGAAGAUCCUUACAUUUACUAUACAUGGAAGGUUACCUAUGGUACCAUUUCACCACUUGGAACACCCCAGCAGGGUAUCCUUAUUAACGGUCAAUUCCCAGGACCUGAAAUCAACAGCACUAGCAAUAACAAUGUUGUUGUUAAUGUAUUCAACAACCUUGAUGAACCAUUGCUUUUCACAUGGCACGGUGUUCAACAGAGGAAGAAUUCAUGGCAAGAUGGUACCGCUGGUGUUCAAUGCCCCAUUCUUCCUGGGACUAACUAUACCUACAAAUUCCAAGUGAAGGAUCAAAUUGGAAGUUACUUUUACUACCCUACCACAGGUCUUCAAAGAGCCGUUGGUGGUUUCGGUGGUCUUAGAAUCUUCAGUCGUCUGUUGAUCCCUGUUCCUUAUGCUGAUCCUGAGGAUGAGUAUUGGGUUCUCAUUGGUGACUGGUACGGUAAGAGCCACAAAACUCUUAAGAUGGAGUUGGACAGUGGUCGUUCAAUUGGAAGACCUGCCGGUGUUAUCAUAAACGGUAAAAAUGCUAAAGGUGAUGGUAGAGAUGAGCCACUCUACACAAUGAAGCCGGGAAAAACCUACAAAUACAGAAUCUGCAAUACUGGUCUUAAGGACACCCUUAACUUCAGGUUCCAAGGACAUGGAAUGAAGUUGGUUGAAACCGAAGGAUCACACGUUGUUCAAAAUGUUUAUGACUCUCUUGACGUUCACGUUGGACAAUGCUACACUGUCCUCGUGACCGCCGAUAAAGAGCCAAGGGACUAUUACAUGAUUGCCUCCACCCGUAUGACCAAGUACAAUCUACUUGGAAAGGGUAUUGUUCGUUACACCAACGGAAAAGGUCCCGCUUCACCUGUGCUACCACCUGCACCUGUCGGUUGGGCUUGGUCUCUCAACCAGUUCCGAUCAUUCCGUUGGAACUUAACCGCUUCUGCUGCAAGACCCAACCCUCAGGGAUCUUACCAUUACGGUCAGAUCAACAUUACCCGCACAAUCAAGUUUGUUAACUCUGUUAGCAAUGUUAACGGUAAACUCCGUUAUGCUAUUAACGGUGUUUCCCAUGUUGAUCCUGAAACUCCUGUGAAGCUUGCUGAGUACUACGGUGUUGCGGAUAAGGUGUUCAAGUACAACAUCAUCUCCGAUGAACCCCCAACCGAUCUCAGGGCCAUCACCAUCGCACCUAAUGUCAUGCAAACUACUUUCCGUACCUUCAUUGAGAUCAUCUUCGAGAACCCCGAAAAGGUCCUCCAAUCUUACAAUUUGGGUGGUUAUUCUUUCUUUGCCGUCGCUGGUGAGCCAGGAACAUGGACCCCAGAGAAGAGGAAGGGCUACAACCUUUUGGAUGCCAUCAGCAGACACACAAUUCAGGUGUUCCCUAAAUCAUGGGCUGCAAUCAUGUUGACAUUCGACAAUGCUGGUAUGUGGCAAUUGAGGUCAGAGCAUGCAGAGCACCGUUACCUGGGACAACAACUUUAUCUCAGUGUUGAAUCAGAAGAAAAGUCUACUAGGGAUGAAUACAACCUUCCUGAGACUCAACUUGUUUGCGGUAUCGUCAAGGAUAUGCCAAGGCCUCCACCAAAAUACGUUUAGAGUGUUGUUUGAAAUUACUCAUUUCUCUCUAUGUCGUGAGCUUCAUGUGAUUGUUAGCACUAAGUCAUAGAGAUUCAUUAUAUUGUAUGUUAUCUAUUGGUUGAUUUAUAUAUAAUCAACCCUCUUACUAUAUUUAAUUAUUCAAUUAUCCCCUUAAUUAAUAUUAACA